UUUUUUCUGGUGGUUACUUCUCUACAAAACGUGGGCAUGUUGAGGCGGAAGGUGCAGUCGAUCUAGAACACAUUCAUGUUGAGUCGCUUCUUCUGAGACGUAACAAACAGCAAACAGUGGUGAAGGAGAAGCUUUUUGUUUGUUUGUUUGUUUGUUUUCAAUCUUUCACAGUGUUCUGGUUUGCGAUGUCUCUGAAAGGCGACGUGUGUGUGGUGACGGGAGCCUGUGGCUUCCUGGGAAACAGGCUGGUGAAGCUGCUGCUGGACGAGGAAAAACUGGCCGAGAUCCGACUGCUGGACAAAAACAUGCAGCCCCAACUUUUACAGAGUCUGGAGGACUGCAGAGGCGACACCAAGCUGAGCGUGUACGAGGGCGAGAUCAGAGACGGGGAUUUCGUGAGAAGAGCCUGUCGGGGAGCGUCGAUCGUCUUCCACAUGGCGUCCAUCAUCGACGUGAACGAAGCCGUGGAGCACAGCGAGAUCUACGGGGUCAAUGUCAAAGGAACGCAGCUGCUGCUGGAGGCAUGUCUUCAAGAGAACGUGGUGUCCUUCAUCUACACCAGCAGCAUCGAAGUCAUGGGACCGAACCCGAGGGGGGAGCCCAUCGUCAACGGCACCGAGGACACGGUUUACGACAGCACUCUGAAGUUCACCUACAGCAAGACCAAAAGGGAGGCUGAGGAGAGAAGCCUGCAGGCUCACGGUGAGGUGCUACAGAACGGAGGCCGGCUGGCCACCUGCGCCCUCAGGCCUAUGUACAUCUACGGGGAGGGCUGCCGCUUCCUGCUCGGCCACAUGGGCGACGGGAUACGAAACGGCGACGUUCUGCUUCGUAUGUCCCGACCCGAGGCUCUUGUGAAUCCCGUCUACGUGGGAAACGUGGCGGCCGCCCACCUCCAAGCCGCACGCAGCCUCAAAAAUCCACAAAAAAGAAACGUCAUCGGGGGAAAGUUUUACUUCAUCACCGACGACACGCCGCCGGUGAGUUACUCAGACUUCAACCACGUCGUGAUGUCUCCUCUGGGCUUCAGCAUUCGGGAGAAACUCCCGCUGCCGCUCUCCCUCCUCCACGUGGUCUGUUUCUUGUUGGAGACGCUGUGUCUGAUGCUGAGGCCGUUCGUACGCAUCGUCCCGCCGCUGAACCGGCAGCUCCUCACCAUGCUCAACACACCGUUCAGCUUCUCCAGCGAGAAAGCUCAGAGAGACCUGGGCUACGUCCCCAGAUACAGCUGGGAGGAGGCAAAAAGACGCACCGUUGAGUGGCUCGCCUCGAAGCUACCGGCGGAGAGGGAACGAAUAAGAUACAAAUAAGUCAUGAAAAGUCAUAAACACGACAUUAAUCUAGGAUUCUUUCAGUGGAAUGUGUUGUUUUGGCUUUUGUUUCUACUAUAUGAUCCUGUUUGUUUAUCAGUAUCUGGGGUCGAUCACCAAAACCAUGUAUUUCUACACAGACUAAUAGUAGCAGUAGUAGUUAGUAUUUGUCCUGAACGUCUGGGGAGAUUAAUUAUCUGUAUCUUUAUCAUCUGUUCUUUAUGUAGCAUGUAGCAAAGUGUUGUUUGCGUUAUUAAAUUUUAUGUGACAAACAUCUUUCUUACUGCACCUUGCGUGUAUGUUUAAAAUAUGUGACCAGGGUGGAAAAUUAAAUGUGAAAAAAAGAAAGCUGCAGUUCUUUAACUGGCCACUUGAGGCAGUCUUUGCAUUAAUAAACAUGUUUACAGUCCAAAA